UCUGUAUACAUCUAUCAGCCGUUUUUUCGUAUGCGAGAGAGGCUAUUUAUUUACUCUUUAGCAAAAAUUUUCCCUUCCGUAACAAAAAAGAGGAAAUACAAGACCAACAACAAAACUUCCGUGCGUGAUUCGUGUACCGUUUCCAUUGCCCGUGUUUUGCAGGCUUCAAGUGAAAAUUCGUAUCGGUGUUAAAUUUGUUAGCGGGAAAAAAACAUAACCCUCCCCUGGAAAAAUAGUGCAUUCAGACCAAUAUGUCCGAUACGGUUAUCGAUCUGGUGAACGAUUCCGAAACGGAGGAUGUGAUAAUGAUCGAUGAUCAACCGGAAACUAGCAUAAAGAAGGAGGACCGGGAAUCGAUGGAUACCAAUGAGCCGGAAGUGACCGAAGAUCAGGACUCGGACGAGGUAGAAUUUGUGCCAGUGAAUAUCCAAAUGUUGGCGGAGGAGAAGAAGAAUUCCGGCAACGAUGAGUAUAAAUCGAAACGGUACGAAGCUGCCCUCCGGCUCUAUUCGGAAGCGAUACACCUCAGCCCCGAAACGGCCGCCUACUAUGGCAACCGAUCCGCCUGCCACAUGAUGCUCGGUGACUAUCGGUCUGCGCUGAACGACGUCAAAACGGCCAUUAGUAUCGAUGAAAAGUACGAGAAGGGAUACAUCCGCAUGGCCAAAUGUUCUUUAAUGCUCGGCGACGUGAUCGGAACGGAGCAGGCAAUUCGAAAGUUUCUAACACUGGACCCAUCGAACACGGCGCUAAGGGACGAGAUAGCUAGCCUGAAGCAGUUGCGUGAUUUGAACGAGAAGGCGGCAAGCUGCUACGAUAAGAAGGACUAUCGCACCUGUCUGUACCAUUGCGAUAACGCGAUCAAGAUAGCCCCCGGGAGCAUACAGAACAAGCUGCUGAAAGCGGAAUGCUUAGCAAUGUUGGAACGGUUCGAUGAGGCGUGCAACAUUGCGAUCACGAUCAUGCAAUCGCACAGUACGAACGCGGAUGCGAUCUACGUGCGUGGCUUGACACUCUACUACAGCGACAAUCUCGAGAAGGGAUUGCUGCACUUCGAGCGUGCCCUUAUGCUCGAUCCUGACCACAAAAAGGCCAAGGUAAUGCGCCAGAAGGCGAAACAGCUGAAGGAAAAGAAGGAAUCGGGUAACGAGCUAUUUAAGACGGGCAAGUUCCGGGAUGCGCUGGCCACGUACACGGAAGCACUGGGGCUGGAUGCGCAGAACAAGGACAUUAACAGCAAGCUCUACUACAACCGCGCACUGGUAAACUCGAAGCUCGGCAAUUUGCGGGAAGCGAUAAACGAUUGCUCCAGCGCAUUAGCCCUCAACGAGAAGUACAUGAAAGCGCUGCUACAUCGUGCCAAGCUGCACUACAACAUGGAAAACUUUGAGGAAGCGGUAAAGGAUUACGAAAAGGCACUCAAGCACGAUCGUACGCAGGAUGUGAAAAAUUUGCUAAGGGAUGCCAAGUUCCAGCUGAAAAAGUCGAAGCGCAAGGAUUACUACAAGAUACUCGGUAUCACGAAACAGGCGACGGAGGAUGAAAUCAAGAAAGCGUACCGCAAACGGGCCCUGGUGCACCAUCCGGAUCGGCACGCGAAUUCCACGGACGAGGAAAAGAAGGAACAGGAGCGUAAGUUUAAGGAGCUGGGCGAAGCGUACACGGUGCUUUCCGACCCGAUGAAGAAAUCCCGCUACGACAGUGGACAAGAUUUGGAAGAGAUGAACCAUAGCGCUGACAUUGAUCCGCAGCAGAUCUAUAGGCAAUUCUUCUUCCCGUCCGACUACGGUUUCGGUGGAUUCCCCGGCGGUGGCGGUGGCAAUAGCUCAAACUUUUCGUUCCAUUUCGGUUAAGAGGAAGGAUACGUUUGGCAUCAGGCUAAAAAGUAGUAGCAACAGAUAUUAAAUGUGUAAGAACGUAUGUGUAUAGCCCAAGUAAAACGGAAAUCCACAUACGCGUGUGUGUUGCCGCCCUCCCCAUCACUUUUUGCCCCGUCCGUAACGGGAUACGGAAUACGCGCACAAGGAAGAACGAUUCAUUUGCACGGCUGCAGCAUAAUGCCAUUCACACUUCCUUGUUCAUUGAAUACCUAGUAAAACUAACAUAAUGAAUCAUAAACAAAAAAAAACGGUAAGUAAAAAGUAAUUGAUGCGAGACCCAACCGUUGCAACUAUCGGCGGGCAUAACAUAAUUUUUCGAAACUUAUACCUCAGUUUUGUAACUCAGCAUAUCUUUUCGAAGUUGCAUUUGAUACAGAGACAUAUAACAUCGCUUGAAUGGGAAAUGAUUAUGUUUUACUUUCUGGAUUCUUACACUUAUUGCGUUAAAAAAAAACGACUGCAACUUUUUUUUGUAAUGUUUCGUUAGAUAGGAAGUAAUUUAAGGAAAUAUUCAAUAUUUGUCAUUUUCUUGGACUCACGACAAGUCUGUGUUGGUUUAUAACGUGGAGAUGGUCUGUUCAGUAAUAAAGUAAAGUAUCAUAAUAUUUCUACUACAUUCACUCUAAGACGUUGAUGAUUUUUUGGCGUGUCAGGCUUCUUAUCUGGAGUCGUGUCUGUCCUGUAAUGGGAAUGUUUAACGAUCGUAUACGAUCGGUUUUUGACGGUAUAUAACAAGACUAAUUGUUGCUAUCGAAUCUUAAUCUUUGUAGUACUACAACCUCAGUGGUCAUGGCCUGUGAUUUCUGGCUUUUGCUUGCCUUUUUGUUUUUCCAGAAAGCUGGGUACUAAGUAUGACUAUAAUUUGGAACCGGUUCUAUCGUAUAAGAACCGUACGAUUGCCAGAUCUUACCUUUUUGCAAAUGAAUAAAUCACUAAAAACCCGAAAAAUGUGGUCGUAAUGUAACCACCAUGCACGUUUAUUUUAUUUAUUUUGGAAUGUUUUAUUUGAUGCAAUUUUCAACGCUUGGAUUUGUAAAUAAUAAUUUAUGCUGGUACGAAACAAAAAAAAACGCAUUAGAAUCUUAAUCAUCCAUCUCUCGUCUGCAUGUGACUAGGCAGGAACCGGUCGUAAUGAAAUACCGUAACCGUAAACAAAUAUGUAAUCCGAUUGUGAAACCAAACUUGCAUACAACUUACAACAAUUUACAGGUGAAAUUAAUUGUUAAAAUGGUGUACCGGGCAAUUGGGUGAUGUUAAGAAUAAAACAAAAAUGCACCUAUUGCAACCGUACAAAAGCUA